AGCAGAUUCACCCAAGGUAGAAGUACCUCAUAGGUAUACGGGGGAAUGGCGGAAAACACGUGCCAAGAGGAGAAUUGAAAUCAGCGACACUAACAAAAAAACAACAGCAGCCUCUCUCUAAGCACUCUGGCCGAGAUGGAUGCUCGGGGUCGUCUACGAUGCUCAUCUCCUUUUGGUUGAUUAGGAAGAGAGCAUGGCCGAAAGAAUCCUGAAUCACCUUUGAUUUCGCAUUUAAUUCUGUUUUUCUACCUACUGUAUAGGACUAGAUGGAUGGCAGCCAAUCGCAGAUCCCCUCCCGUGGUGGCGCAUCACCAGCCGGCGCCGGGCGAAACGACGCGCCUGGCCAUGCCGUCUACUGGUGCCGUAUCACAGCACCGCCCCUCCCGCUCGAGAAGCGACCACGAGCGCGAGCACGACGCCUCGCCGCGGCCAUCCUCGGUAGAGUACGAUGCGCCCAGGUCGUACGAGAAUCUUCAUGAUCUGGAUGUAGGCGGCGAAAUAUCCCGUCCGGACCGGUCUGGGUCGAGUAACCCCGAGGGAUCGCAGCUGCGCCAGCGAACGACCCAACGGCCCCGCAGCCAGCGCGCUGACUACGACAUUCCGGACUCCUACGUCAAUGUGCCCGAACUAGAGAACAUCGCGCCCAUUCCGAGCCGGGACGAGCGCGACCUGCGUCCCUCGCCCUCGCUAGAGGAGGGCAGGGCCCUUGAACGCGCGUACUCGGUUCGCCGGGAGGCGCAGCCGAGGGGGUCGACUUCCCGGCACGCGCAAGCCGAGCCCGAGGAGGACGACGAAGGAGAGACCGGCGCCCAUAAAGUGUCGAGGCUAGCCACCGAGAUCUAUACCGUCUCCUACCUGAUCCUCUUCGCUAUCUUCGGCACGCUGGCCCGUCUCGGGCUCCAGGCCCUCACGUAUUACGCUGGCGCCCCCGUUUCCUUCAGCUCCGUGUGGCCCAAUUUCGCCGGAAGCCUCGUCCUCGGCUUCCUCGCCGAGGACCGUAUGCUCUUUCGCUUCGAGUGGGGUGACCCGGCCUACGAGAAGCAGCUCCUCAAGGUGCAGGGGAAUGGGGCCGGGGCCGGGGCCGGGGCUGAGAACGCCGACGAGGAGGCUGUUGUUGACCUUGCCGCCGCGAAAAAGGCCCAUAUGGCCACGAAGAAGACCAUCCCGCUCUAUAUAGGGCUCGCCACUGGGUUCUGCGGCUCCUUCACCUCCUUUUCCUCCUUCAUGCGCGACCUCUUCCUCGCCCUAUCCAACGACCUAGUUGCGCCCGACACGGGCCCGGUUACCACGCCCCGGAACGGCGGCUACUCGUUCAUGGCCGCGCUCGCCGUUCUUAUCACCACGGUCUCCUUGUCGCUCGCCGGCCUUACUGUCGGUGCCCAGCUCGCGCUGGCUCUCGAGCCGGUCACACCCUCGCUCCCUUUUGCCCUCACCCGCCGCUUUCUUGACCCCCUUGCCGUUCUCCUCGGCUGGGGGAGCUGGGUCGGCGCCGCGUUGCUGUCAGCCCUACCGCCGGACCGGUUCUCUACUGCCGGCCUCGAGGAAGAAAUCUGGCGCGGCCGGGCGACGCUGGCGCUCGCUUUCGCGCCGCUCGGCUGCCUGGCGCGCUUCUACGCGUCGCUGCAUCUCAACGGGAGGCUCGCGCCGUCCUUCCCGCUCGGCACCUUUGCCGUUAACGUAGCGGGCACGGCGGUGCUCGGGGCGGCCUGGGAUCUCGCGCACCUGCCGACCGGCGGCGUCAUCGGCUGCCAGGUGCUGCAGGGCGUCCAGGACGGGUUCUGCGGUUGCCUGACCACAGUGUCGACGUGGGUCGCUGAGCUGACUGCCCUGCGGCGCAAGCACGCCUACGUGUACGGCGCGGCGAGUAUCGCAGCAGGGCUCGCCUGCCUGGUGGCUAUCAUGGGCGGCCUGAGAUGGAGUAGGGGCUUCAGCGAGUUGGCCUGCCUGCACUGAGGGCGGCGUUUGGUGCGAUCUAUAUAUAUAUAUAUAUGUGUGUGUG